AUGAUCCUCGAAGUCGUCACUGACCAUCAGCUCUGGAUCUGGCAUGCUUACAUCGGUGUAGCGGCGUCGAACAACGACAUCAACAUCCUCAACUCCUCCAACCUCUUCAUCGAGCAAUGGAAUGGCAACGGCCUGGCCAUCGAGUUCAUUGUUACCGGACGCCAAUAUCACAUGGGGUACUACUUAGUCGAUGCUAUAUACCCAAGGUGGCCUGUUUUUGUGAAGACAGUCAGUUGCCCAAUGGGUGAUAGGAGAGUUUUAUUCGCGCAAAAGCAGGAGGUUGCACGGAAGGAUGUGGAGCGGACAUUUGGGGUGCUCCAAUCACGGUGGGUAAUUGUGAAGGGUGGAAGAGUCACUGUGCGGGGCGAUGAUGAAGCUGGAUCUAGCUCCAGCACGGCGACCCCGCCCCACGUUCGAGGAUUACCGAUGGGCUUCAAUGAGGUUCUAUCUAGGCGGGCCUCAAUGCGCAACCAACAAGCCCAUACUCAGCUCACGAACGACAUGAUUGAAGAAGUUUGGAACCGUAACGGCCAUUGA